AUGUCGUCUGUAACAAAGAGGCCUUCCAUUCAUGUCCCUCCGCUCCUCGCCUCGCCCUCUCCUGCUCCAUCAUCUACCUCCGCCGUUUCUGCUACCUCCGCCGUUUCUGCCGUCGACACCGAUCCGACGGCUCACAAUCAUCCUCCCACCUCCAGCGCCGACAUUUCCGCGCCUCUCGCAUGCGCGCGCGAGAGGGCGGGGGGGUUGGAAGAGCUUGCGGAGCGCGAAAACAAGACGGGGGCGCGGGAGCGGAGUGGGGAGGGGAGAGGCGGGGAAAUGCGGAAAGGGGAUGGGGAACCAUGGGGGAACGAGGUAUACGUGGGCGUGCACGUGCUGGCGCUGCUGACGCUGGUCUUCAUCCCAGCCUCGCCUCGCCUGCUGCUGCUCGCCCUAUUCUCCUACGCCCUGCGCAUGCUCGGCAUCACUGCUGGUUACCACCGCUUGCUCUCCCACAGGUCGUUCAAGACGUCGCGAGUGGGUCAGUUCCUGUUUGCUCUGCUGGGGUGCCUUUCCUUCCAGAAGGGGCCCCUCUGGUGGGCGUCGCACCACCGCCACCACCACAGGACCGCGGACACAGCAGAGGACGCGCACAGCCCGCUGCACUGGGGCUUCUUCUGGUCGCACAUGGGCUGGUUUCUGUGCUCCACGCGCCACACUGCUGUGCUGUGGCAUGCCAUCCCGGACCUCUCGCCUUUCCCCGAGCUGCAUUGGCUCGACUCGUACCACUUUGUGCCACCUCUCUCCCUGGCGGUGCUUCUCUGGGCUACUGGAGGCAUAGCUGCCUUCGGCUGGGGCUUCUGCGUGGCUACUGUUGUGUGCUGGCAUUUCACGUAUGUGUGCUGGCAUUUCACGUAUGUGUGCUGGCAUUUCACGUAUGUGUGCUGGCACUUCACGUAUGUGUGCUGGCACUUCACGUAUGUGUGCUGGCACUUCACGUAUGUGUGCUGGCACUUCACGUAUGUGUGCUGGCACUUCAGGUAUGUGUGCUGGUACUUCACGUAUGUGUGCUGGCACUUCGCGUAUGUGUGCUGGCACUUCACGUAUGUGUGCUGGCACUUCACGUAUGUGUGCUGGCAUUUCACGUAUGUGUGCUGGCACUUCACGUAUGUGUGCUGGCAUUUCACGUAUGUGUGCUGGCACUUCACGUAUGUGUGCUGGCACUUCACGUAUGUGUGCUGGCACUUCACGUAUGUGUGCUGGCAUUUCACGUAUGUGUGCUGGCACUUCAGGUAUGUGUGCUGGCACUUCACGUAUGUGUGCUGGCAUUUCACGUUUGUGUGCUGGCACUUCACGUAUGUGUGCUGGCACUUCACGUAUGUGUGCUGGCACUUCACGUAUGUGUGCUGGCACUUCACGUAUGUGUGCUGGCAUUCCACGUAUGUGUGCUGGCACUUCACGUAUUGUUACAUGAGGUCGGCCAAGCAUGGUUUCUACCCGGAAGAGAUUGACAUCACAUGGUAUAUCCUGUGCUGUCUGGAGCGACUAGGCCUUGUGUGGGAUCUGCACCUACCGCCCCUGGAUGAGCUGGAAGCGAGGUGGUUUGACGACCGGCACCUGCAGUGCCGCUGCAACAGCGCAGAGAAGGACAUGCGUGAGACCAUCGUUUCAAGCACUCUCCUGGCCGCGGAUAUGUGCGCGGGGACAGAUGUGCUACUGGGUGGUGGUGCAGGUGCUCACGGCAAAAACACUGCAGAUGGGCACAGCAGGCCGUGCAGUCAUGUGGAGGAGGAUCAAGGCCAAUGGGAUAAUUUGAGGAGAGAAGAUUUGAACUGGGACAGUGACGGCAUCGACCACAGAAGCAACAGCAGCAGUGGUGGUGAUAGUGGUGCCAGAGAGGGAGGGGAUGAUGCUGCUAGUCAGCUGCUUACUGCAGCAGCAGCAGCAGCAGCAGCAGCAGCAGCAGCAGCAGCAGAUGCCACAGCAGCAGCCUCAAAUAAGUGUGGCAUGGCAACAGGGACAGCGGGUCAAGGUGAAAGGAGAGGGUUGGUGAGACGAGCAGUGUGA